AUGGAGCUCACCAUGGAGAACCUCCACAGCCUCUCAUCGCACUCCCAGGCGGGAGACCUCAUGAGCUCACCGCACGCUCGGCCGUCGCCGUCCCCGAGCUCCAAUCCCCGGAACCUGGUCGCCCACGGUCCCGGCUCGCGGUCAGCCAUGGUGUCCGGCAUGGCCUCGCUCCUGGAGGGCUCCGGCGGGGACUACCGGACAGACCCAUCAUCGCUGUCCGGACACCUGCACCCGUCCAUCAGCAUGUGCGAGACCGGGAUGAGCUUCAGUAACACGUACACCACCCUCACCCCCCUGCAGCAUCUACCUUCCAUAUCCACCGUCUCGGAUAAGUUUCACCCCACGCACUCGCACCACCACGCUGCCGCUCAUCAGCGACUCUCUGCCGGGAACGUAAGCGGAAGUUUCACGCUGAUGCGGGACGACCACCGGGGGCUCGCCUCCAUGGGAAAUCUUUACAGCCACUACCCCAAAGAGAUGUCCGUGUCCGGCAUGGGUCACGGCUCGCUCUCCCCUCUGUCCAGCGGGCUGGGCUCUUUGCACAACUCCCAGCAGCCUCUGUCAGCCUACGGGCCGAGCGCGCACCUCUCCAAUGAAACAAAGAUGCUCUCUCCGGUGUCCGGGUUUGAGUCCCACGCGUCCAUGCUGUCCCGGAGUGACCAGGAGCACCUGGCGAGGAGUUUAGGGGGCCACGGCCACGGUAUGAUUUCCAACCUCAACGGCAUGCACCACCACCCGCACAGUCACCUGCACUCCCAGGCGAAUGGCGCGGUGAUGCUUGGGGACCGGGAGAUGCACGGCCAUGGAGCCGGGCAGGGAGUAUCAGGAUCCGGCAUGCAGGGGGAGGAAAUUAACACGAAGGAAGUGGCUCAGCGGAUAACGGCUGAGUUAAAGCGAUACUCCAUCCCGCAGGCCAUAUUCGCGCAGAGGAUCUUGAGCCGGUCGCAGGGAACCCUCUCAGACCUGCUGAGGAACCCCAAACCCUGGGGCAAGCUCAAGUCAGGCCGGGAGACCUUCAGGAGGAUGUGGAAGUGGCUGCAGGAGCCCGAGUUUCAAAGGAUGUCUGCUCUCCGGCUGGCCGCAUGUAAACGUAAGGAGGAGGACCGAGGACGAGAGCGCAACCAGGUGCCAAAGAAGCAGCGACUGGUCUUCACAGACCUGCAGCGUCGCACCUUGGUAGCUAUCUUCAGAGAGAACCGCCGCCCCUCCAAAGAGAUGCAGAUCACCAUCUCACAGCAGCUCGGCCUGGAGCUCACCACCGUCUCCAACUUCUUCAUGAAUGCCCGCCGCCGCUCCACGGACCGCUGGGACUCGGAGGAGCUCGGUCACGGGGUGCGCGGCCACGUUCACACUCCUCACGGAAACAACAACAACUCCUCACCGAUCCAACCCGGCACCUCCUCUGCGGGGACUUUCUCCAAGGCCUGA